AUGGGGGACCCCGCUUGCCUGUCCCAGGAUUGUGUGGCGGGCCCAGCCCGCCUGUCCCAGGACUCGUGGCAAGCCCCUCCCGCCCGUCCCAGGAUGCGUGGCAGGCCCCACCCGCCCGUUCCAGGAUUCAUGGCAGGUCACGCCCGCCCAUCCCAGGAGGCGUGGCAGGCCCCGCCCGCCCUCCCGCCCGUCCCACGGGUUGCCGUGGCAGGCAACCUUUCCAGAUUCAUGGCAGGUACGGACCCGCGCCAUCCCAGGAGGCGUAGGAAAAGCCCCGCCAACCCCCGUCCCCAGACGCGUGGCAGGCCUAGCCCGCCCAUCCCUGGGCACGUGGCGGGUCUCACCCACCCGCCCUUCCCGGGACACGUGGCUUGCCUCGCGCGCGUCCCGGGGUGGGACACAUUGUGGGCGUCGUCCGCCUGUCCCUGGACACGUGGUGGGCCUCGUCCGCCCGCCCAGGGACGAGUGGCGGGCCCCUCCCACCCAUCCCGGGAUAAGUGGUGGGCCCCGCCUGGCCCGUCCCGGGAGGGAGGAAAAAGGCUGCCAGGCCCCGCAAGAUCGUCCCGGAACACUUGGGUGGGGCCUCCCCCGCCCAACCCGGGACACAUGAUGGGCCUCGCCAGCCCGUCUCGGGACACGUAG